CAUAGAUAUAGAUAUCAGAUCUCUCUCAAUAUCCUACAGAGUCUAUAUAUCUCUCUGUUCAGUUGGAGGAGGUUUCAUUAUCAAUAAAUAAAAGCAUCUCUAUCUAUUCAAAUAUUGAUUGAUUCACAACAACAUGUCUGAAAAUAAUGCAUGUACCAACAACUCUAGAAUCACCUGGGAAGGUUGUAGCGUCUUGCUCGACAUCAACGACGGAGAUCGUCUCGUUUUCGCUCGUCUCUCCCCUGCAGCGAAAUUGAAGAUUGGGAAUAAAAAUUGCUCUCUGCAGCCGUUGAUUGGUUGUGCCUUCGGUUCUGUUUUUCAAGUUGAAACUGCAUCCGAUGGACCUUAUUUAUCUCUAGCCCAAGGUAAUAUUAAUAACACUGAAGAAAUAAGAGAUGGUCAAUGCAAUGUUGAGUCGAGGGACAAUCGGGCAUUGAUUGACAAUAAUACGGCACAGAGCCUAACUGGUGAAGAUAUAGAAGCCAUGCGAAGGCAGGGAGCAAGAGGUAAUGAAAUAAUUGAAGCUCUCAUUGCCAAUAGUGCAACAUUUGAAAAGAAAACAUCAUUCUCGCAGGAGAAAUAUAGACUUAAGAAGCAGAAGAAAUAUGCACCAAAAGUACUUAUGAGGCGCCCUGUUGCUCGAAGUAUAUGCGAGGCCUAUUUUAAGAAGUAUCCAUCUAAAAUUGGAUUCUUGCGGGUGGAUACAUUGUCUCUUCUACUUUCCAUGGCUAAUGUUUCUACAAAUUCUGACAUUCUCGUAGUUGAUAUGGUUGGUGGCCUUCUUACUGGUGCUGCGGCAGAACGUUUAGGAGGUACCGGUUUUAUAUGCAACUCUUAUCUUGGGCAGGCACCAUAUUCCAUGGAUAUUGUGAGGAUUUUUAACUUAAGUGAUGAAAUCUCCAAGAGAAUUGUACGAUCUCCCAUUUCUGACUUGUUGUCCCAAAAACCUGAACAAAUUGUGCAGCAUGAUAACGUCUGCAAUGUGGAAAGCCAGCCAAAUGAUCAAAUGGGUACAUCAGACAGCAUGGAGGAAAUCUCUCAUCCAUCAGAAAAUGGGAUUUCUGAUCUUGCUGCUGAGAAUACCAUCAUUCCUGCUGUAAGAGCUUGCAAAGCUAUAAAGGCUGGAGAAAAGGCACAACAAGAAAUCAUUGACAUGUGGAAGGAAAAUGGGUUUUCUAGCCUAAUUAUUGCCGCACCAGAGUUGGAUACCUGGACAUUGGUUAGAGAUCUCUUGCCUCUUUUAUCAAACUCUGCUUCAUUUGCUAUUUAUCACCAAUAUCUUCAGCCUCUUGCAACUUGCAUGCACAAUCUACAACUUGGGAAAAUGGCCAUUGGAUUGCAAAUAUCAGAGCCUUGGUUACGUGAAUACCAGGUACUUCCCUCAAGAACUCACCCGUGUAUGCAAAUGAGCGCAUUUGGAGGCUACAUUCUCAGUGGGACUAAGAUAUGCGGAAGCUAAUUCCGGAUCCAUCAGAAUAGUUUUGCUUUGAUUACCCUCUGUUGGUCAGGCCAAGGCUAAAUAUGGCUAUGUAUACUAGUCAUUUAUUUUACUGUUUGCUGCCAACAAACCUUUUAACUACCGCAUAAUUUUUAUUGCGGCCUGUAAUCUGAUAUUUGUAUUUUAUAGCUUUUGUAUUUUAUUUCAUUUUUCAACUAAAAUCUCAAUAAUAGUCAA